UGCACUCUGUUAUAGUAUUAAAAAGUAGAGACACGUGCCCAUAGUCAUACGCUACUAUUCCCAGGCACGUGGACCGUUUCAAUAUAAUAAUAUGAUGGUAAAAGCCAUUUGUUGAAGCACAAGUAAGACUACCGAGAGAAUGGCUCAGGUUCCUACAGAUUCUUCCUGCACCCCAAAGGAUGUGCAUGAAACUGAAAGUAGUGUAAAGUCUUUUGUAAAAAAUGGUGAUAAUGGCCUUGGCAUGUGUCCAUCCGGUAUGGAAUCUGGUGAUACUUUGGGUAUGAUAAAAGAAGGUGACACAGUAACGGACCCUACGAAAUGUUGGAGUGGCAUGAAUAAUUGCCGAAAGUUCAUGCAAGAUGUAUCAAAAUUGAAAAUAAUGCGGAAACUGAAUCUGCAACCAAACUUCUUAAUGAAACUGUUUGUGGCCACCCUAUUUAUCACCAUAGUGAUAAGUGUGAGUCUCAUCUUCCACUUUUCUAACCAUCAUCCAUGGGAAGGAGGCAUUGGACAUCAGUUCCACUUUCUUCAGGAAACCAGACGACUACAAGUUGACUAUGGUGGACUGGAUGGAAGGCUGGUGGGAGAGCUAGGAACCACUAUCCCAACCUCACAGUAUCCGUACAACUGCGACUCUCACAAUAACGAUCCUGACACUGACCGACUAUGCUAUGAGUGGCGAAAUCAUGCAAGCUUGCUAAUGCAGCGUGCUGAUCUUGGAGACACACGCUGCUAUGAUAUCAGCUGGAGGGGCCAGCAAUCAGGAGGAGCUCUUAUGGACUGCUAUGAUCUGUCAACAGCCCACUGGUACGGUAGUGGUUUUACCUACGAGCAAUUUUGGCCACUGGAAUAUGGGAGCAGAUCAAUGGAGCCUUAUAUAAAUGGGGAUGUGCGGACUGGGAGGCUCGGAGGUGUGCUGCAACGAGCAUGGAUUUCAUCCCACGCAGCCACCAUCACGGUCGAUGCAGACGUUCCGUUGUUUGUCAGCAUCAAUAGCACCGAAAAUCCUGGUCAACUCUGCAUGAUGUCGCAAUACACAGGCCUGUACGAAAACUUCAACGUUAGCUCCCGGCAACCCUGGCUCGACUACAGAGUGUGUGUAUCAAACAGCAUGCGCACGGUAUCCACAAAGCUAUUGGAGGGACUCCCCAGAGUCACAUGCAUGGAUGAGGAUAUACUGUUCCACAUCAGCUGGACGACUAACCACAUGGGAUCUGGAAAUCUCACCCAAACUGAGGUCACAGAGUUAGCAGAACAGAUCUGGCAGAAUAACAUGACUGGAGGACGUUUGGUCAUCGGGGAGAACUGGGAGUCGAGUCCUGGAGACCUGACCUUCGACCCUGUCCUCUUUCCCGACCCAACCGCGAUGAUUUCAGCUUUGAAUGCUAGAAAUUUGACACUGAGUCUCGGUGUUCAUCCGUACGCGUCGACGAACUCACAGGCGUUCCAGGAAGGCAUCACCAGAGGCUACUGGUUGCGAAGCAGCAUGAUAGGUGACGUCCCAGAACUUGUGCGCUGGAAGGGAGAUGUGGCUGCUACAUUAGACGUGACAAGUCCUGCGUCGAGACAGUGGUUUCUCUCCCGGCUCACAACACUCUUCGAAGAUUACAGUCUGCAGGGCUUCAGUAUCAUGGGAGGUCGGCUCACGUCUCUUCCGCACAUGUUCGCCUUCGAAAACCCUGGCGCGUCUCCUGCCGACUUUCUCGAGCGCUACUUGGGCCUCUUUGAACAGGCCCUGUGGCAGAACCGCUCUCGUUGCCACCACACAGGCAGUGGCCUGGAUGUGGGUGUCGCUGCAAACACGCAAGGUUUCCCUGCCACCAUCCGAUUGCCGGCCAUAGAAAACUCUUGGGGUCACGACAAUGGUCUGCGCAGUGUAAUUCCACGUGCUCUGACCACCUGUCUGCUUGGCUACCCCCUAAUGGCUUCACCUGUGAUCGAUUGGAGUCGCUCCAUGGAGUGGGAGGACCAGCAGUUGUUUUACCUGCGCUGGGUUCAAUUGGCAAUCCUGUUCCCCAUCCUAGAGAUAAACUCCCCUCCCUGGAUCUACGACGCUAAAUUCCGCAAAGCCGUGGAAGUUCAACUCUAUUUCAGACAGGCAAUUAUUCUACCAAGGCUAAUGACUGCACUUGAAGACUUCAACCAGCAUGGGCUCCCGCUGUGGCGCCCUCUGUGGUGGAAGUUUCCAGAUGAUGAGGAAGCAUUGCUGGCAGACUCGCAGUUCAUGCUAGGAGAAACUUUACUAAUCGCACCAGUGCUAAAUGCCGACUCACACCGGAACAUUUACCUGCCCUCUGGUGAAUGGCAAGAUGAGACCGUAUACAGAGAAUCCACCAUCGUCGGACCUAAAUGGUUAACCUAUCACACUGUGCUGGACGUGGUGCCACAUUUUAUUCUAGUAAAAUGAAAUGGGGGAAAUCUGCAUCAGUUUUACAUCCAAUCAGAGGCUCAUGUUUAUAUUUAUAUACAUGGUAUCUGUAUAGUAGAUAUAAUACUAUGACUUUUUUCAUUAAGUGCAGCUAGUCGAUUGCAAGCAAGAGAUAUUACGAAGGCAUUUUGCCUAAUGAUUGAUUACAAAUCAAUACUCUGUUUAACUGCUUGACAUCAGGAUUUUAACCAGAUUGAUGGCAAAAGUAAUGCUAAGCUGAUAAGACCCUGUCAGGCAACGACAUUUACAUUAAGUGAAACUAAGAGGCUAUAUAAUGUAUACAAACCUUUAUUUGUACUUUUUACACACACACAACCUGUCACAUAAACGAAUUAGGAGGCAGUGAUCUCGAUAUGUAAAGUAAUACAGUACACCUUUUGUAACCAAAUGAUAUAAGAAAGGACUACUUACUUUGCACUAACACAAGUUGUUAUAUUUUAUAGUGUUUAAUAUUGGGAGUGUUUAUAUUUGUCCUUCGAAUAUCUGUUCAUGAUAUGUGGUUUUUUAGCAGUGACAACCGACAAGGUACUAAUUGGUAUGUACCAAAGUCUGUUGGAAAAAUGUACACUAGUCUGUUAUUUAAGAAAAUACUUAUCAAUUAUGUGAAUUAAUAAAUUGGCCUGUGCUCCUAAUGUGUAUGAACAUA